AUGAUAUAUCGCGAUAAAUAAAUGUAAAAUCUACUUUAAUGUUAAAAUAAACAUCUAUUAAAGUAUAAAUUGACGUUUAAAACAAUUCUUAUUAUAAUUAAUCAGUACUGUUCACUGUAAUACCUAUUGUUUGUACUCAUUGGCGUAGACUCAUUGCGGUAUAGGACAUGUCAAAACUUUAUGCGAAGGUGCCGAUGGAUAAAAAUCAGUUUAUGUUUGAAGAUAAAUGGCCAUGUAUGAGACCAACUAUUUUGAAAUUACUCAAACAAGAACCUGUUACUCAAGCAGAAUGGCAAGAUUUAUUCUUCUUAGUUCAUGCAGUAUGUGUAUGGAAUGACAAAGGUGCUCUUAAAUUAUUAGAUGCGCUCAAAGAAGACAUAAUGGAUUUUAUAAAACAAGCUCAGCAGAGAGUUUUAGCACACCAAGAAGAGCAAGCUUUAUUGAAAGCAUAUAUAGCUGAAUGGAGAAAAUUUUUUGCACAAUGUAAUUAUUUGCCAACACCAUUUAGACAAUUAGAAACGUCUCUUGCUGGAAAGGCACCAUCCAGUGUUCAAAAAAAAAGCCAACCUGAUGAUAUUGUUAGAAAACUAAUGUUGGAUAGUUGGAAUCAAAGUAUAUUUGGAGAAAUAAAACAAAAACUUCAAGAUUCAGCUAUGAGACUUGUUCGUGCUGAAAGAAAUGGUGAAGCCUUUGAUUCACAACUCGUUAUUGGUGUUAGAGAAUCUUAUGUAAAUUUAUGUUCAAAUGCAAUUGAUAAGCUUCAAAUCUAUAGAGAGAAUUUUGAAGCAGCAUAUAUAGAAGCAACAGAAGCAUUCUACUGGGUUAAAGCACCUGAACAGCUAUCAUUACAUGGUGUAGAAAAUUAUAUGCGUUAUGCUGAUGCAAAGUUACAAGAAGAAGAACUUCGUGCCCAAAAAUACUUAGAACCAAACAGUGCUAGUGUACAGCUUUUAACUGAUUGUUGCGUACGUGUAUUAGUGGCAACUUUUAAGCCAGCCAUAUUAGCAGAAUGUCCGCGAAUGAUUCAGCAUCGUCAAACAGAUAAACUUAGGUUAAUGCUAAAACUAAUGGAUAGAGUUCCUGAAGGAGUUGGUCCAAUGUUAAGAAAUUUAGAAGAACAUAUAGCAAGUGCAGGUUUAGCUGAUAUGAUGGCAGCUGUGGAUGUUAUUACUCAAGAUUCUGAAAAAUACGUUGAAAGAUUAUUAGAUCUUUUUCGUCGGUUUUCAAUUCUUGUUAAAGAAGCAUUUGAUGAUGAUCCUCGAUUUCUAACUGCUCGAGAUAAAGCUUACAAACUUGUUGUAAAUGAUGCAACGGUAUUCAGAUUAGAAUUACCUGCACGUCAGUGUUCUGGUAUUGGUACAACGAUUUUAAAUAAUAAACCCAACAACAAUAAUAAUGGACAGCCAGAAUCAAAGUGUCCAGAACUUCUAGCUAAUUAUUGUGAUAUGUUACUUAGGAAAACACCACUCAGUAAAAAAUUAACUUCUGAUGAAAUUGAAAGCAAACUCAAAGAUGUAUUAUUAGUGCUAAAAUAUGUUCAAAAUAAGGAUGUAUUUAUGCGCUAUCAUAAAGCUCAUUUAACAAGGCGUUUAAUAUUAGAUACAUCCGCUGAUUCUGAGAAAGAGGAAAAUAUGGUAGAAUGGCUUCGUGAAGUCGGAAUGCCUGCUGAUUAUGUUAAUAAAUUAGCACGAAUGUUUCAAGACAUUAAAGUGUCACAAGAUCUAAAUCAACAAUUUAAAGAGCAAUGUAGAGCUGCUAUUGCAGAUAGUAUUAACAUUAAGAUAUUAAAUGCAGGUGCUUGGGCUAGAGGUAGUGAACGUGUCACCGUAAGUUUACCACUGCAACUGGAAGAUUAUAUUCCUGAAGUAGAAGAAUUUUAUAAAAAAAAACACAGUGGAAGAAAAUUACAGUGGUACCAUCAUAUGUCUAAUGGCACGAUAACAUUUUCUAACCAAGUGGGACGCUUUGAUGUGGAUGUAACAACAUUUCAAAUGGCAGUUUUAUUUGCUUGGAAUCAGCGGCCGUUUGAAAAGAUAUCAUAUGAAAAUUUGCGAUUGGCAACAGAACUUCCUGAUCCGGAACUCAGACGAACUUUAUGGUCUUUGUGUGCCUUUCCAAAACUCAAACGUCAACUUCUUCUAGUUGAACCACAUGCGCAUAGUCCCAAAGAUUUUGCAAAUGAUACACGAUUUUGGGUGAACCAAGAAUUCGCUAUAGUGAAAAAUGGUAAACUGCAAAAACGAGGUAAAAUUAAUUUAAUAGGAAGACUUCAAUUAUCAACUGAACGAAGUAAAGAAGAAGACAACCAAUCCAUUGUACAACUUAGAAUACUAAGAGUUCAGGAAGCAAUCAUCAAGAUUUUAAAGAUGCGUAAAAAAAUCAGUAAUGCUCAGUUACAAACCGAAUUAGUUGAUAUAUUAAAGAACAUGUUUCUGCCAAGUAAAAAGAUGAUAAAAGAACAAAUUGAGUGGCUUAUUGAGCAUAAAUAUAUACGUAGACACGACGAUGACAUUAACACCUUUGUGUAUAUGGCAUAGGUCGGGAUUAUACAUACGUAUAAUACUGUUCUUAUGAUUAAUAUUAUAUUUUUAUAAAAAUUCAGUUCUUGUUUAUCAGAUUGUAUGCUCAAAAAUCGCAAUGUAAUUGAAAGAUGUUAACGUUGUUUGUAACAUGUUCACAAAAAACACAUCUUUUAAAUGAAAAGUUAGUACCAUCAUACAGAGUCAUAUCGUUUAUAAAUUAUGAUUGAAUAUGAUAUCGCCUUCGACCAUGAAAAUAUGUAUUACUAAACAGGUAACUAUUAUAAUAUUUCAAAAACUCGGACUAUAAAAUUGAUUAGUUUUUUCUUUCUCUUUCUUCUCUUCUUUCUUUCAAAACUUGAAAACAUCAAGGGAAAAAAUGUACAAGAUCAAAAAUUUUUAUUUCGUUAUAUGUCAUUAUGUUGUCUUUUACUUUUGACGUAAUCACAAUUUCAUAAAUAUAGUUUAUACCUUCUGUUUUAUACAAAAAUAAAGCAAAUUGUUUAAAAUAUUUAUAAAUACUAUAAACUCGUCACAGAUGUAUUUAAUUUUCAAUGACGAUGUUCACGAUAUGUACAUUAUACAUUUUAACACACGUCUAAACGUAAAUGCAUGGAUAUGUUUAUUUACUGCAAGUGUACAUAUUUUCCAAAUAUGAUUGUUUUUCAUUGACUUAUUUGAAUUGUAGAAAGUACAGAAAUUACAGAACUUUUUGUAUACAAUAUUUUUUGUAUUCUGUUUUUAUGAACUACAUUAUGUUUCUUUUAACCGAAAUAAUAUUAAUAAUUUUUGAUUGAAGAAAUGUAAAAUGAACAAAAAUUCAUACAAAGGGAGAAUAUAAGAAAUGGCCUAUACCGUUACAUAUAAAUGCAAGGUUAUAAAAUUUUAAUUCUUUUAUAUUUUAAUAAUAAAACGUUGUAUAAUCCCUGUACUAAAGAAAUUUUACAUAAUUGUAUUGUGAACAAUAAGAUCUUUACUCAACACACGCAUUACUAUUAACAUUUAUGUGUAUAAAGCUUUUAUAUUAUUUCAAUGUGCGAUUGACAAGUGUAAAAGUGAACAAUUUCGAAAUUAAAAAGGAUUUUUUAUA